UAUUCCAGCUGCUUUAGAAAGCAAUAGUUUUUUUUAUUUAUAUUUUAAGCCGCCAAAAUGAUUACAAACCAGCUCAAAUUUUGUCCACCCGCCAAAGCUUGUUCUUCCCUGCCAAUUUCCAACAAAAUCCGCCCAAUUUGGCGGAAAACCUGGCAACACUGAGACCUUGUAAUGACAGGACAUGUGGAAGGACUCAGAAGAGGAAGACCAAGAAUAAGAUGGAUUGACAACAGCACAACACAGAUUACAUAUCAGGUGCUAGUCUGCUGCAGGAACACGAAAUAGAGGACAUUGGAGAAAGCUGACCCAUCUGUGUAGCCAACCAUCACAAAGCGAUGAUGUUGUAAUGACGUGACAUGACUUGCUGUCAUAGUUUAAAAAUAAAUAAAAUAAAAGUAAAAACAGCUAUCACUGUGGCUGAGGAAAGCAUAAAGUCUUACACUGAGAAGCUGGAGCAUGCACAAACUGAACUGGAGGAGAAGGAUCAGCUGCAGUCUGAAGUUAUGCUGCAGUUGAAUCUGAUCAAGAAACAACAACAGGAGAUAAAGAAGAAGAGGGAUGAGCUAUUGGAACAUCAAAAUCAACUCAAACAGGAACUGGAGCGAGUGGAACGAGAGUUAGUGAUGGAGAGGGAGAAGUUCAUGAAGGAGAUCACAGCCUUCAACAAUGACUUUAACCUGCUGGGAAAGAAAGAUGACGUGUUACAGAAUCAGAUCAGAUCUGAAAUGCAGAGUCUCCAGCUGGAAGUCGACACUUUAAACGAAGAGAUAUUAAUGAUGAAGCAGAAAACCUCCUGGCUGAUGUCCAUGCAGACAGAGAAGAAAUCUUUGGAGGUGGAGCUUCAGGAUCUUCAGUCACAUCUUGCAGAAUUGGAGAAAGAGCUGCAGGAUGAGGUGACUCUCACCGGGUCCCUGAAAGCCGAGCUGCUUAUGGUCAGUCAGAAACCUCUCACAGACAGCACCUGCCUCAGACUGAAAAAAGAGUUAGAAGCAUAUAAGGAAGGAGAGUUGGAGAUGCUGCGGGAGGCUCUUAGCACUGAAAUUCAGUUCCUGCGUUCAAAAUUAUCAGAGAACGCAAGUGGCUGCUAAAACUGCUUUUGUCAUCCAGUUCCCUGUAUAUAUGAAGUAUCCAAAACUGGAAGGAGGUUCACAUACAGUAACAGCAGCAUUUGAACACAACCUGCAUGUAUUCAUUUAGAAAAACUGGUGAAAAAUAAAGUUUUGUGUAAGUGAAACAAA